CACACACACACACACACACAAACCCAACGAGCAGCCAGAUGAAGGAAAGAGCAAAAGUCUCUGUUAUCAUGUCCAUCAACCCCACACCCACUAGCCAUAGAUAGACACGCUCUUGUAGGGGCGGCUCAUCCGCUGCUCGACGAAGUCAGGAUAAGGCGACACAGACACCGAUGGCCCCUCCCUCCUCCUCCAGGGAACAGGGAACGGCUGCACAGCUUUGUCCGAAUCAGCACUCACCGGCCUCUUCUCAUUCACAUCAACAGGGCGAGACAGAGGCGGCAGCACACUCGACUGAGACCGCUUCAUGCUCCUGGUCCGCAGCACAAACGCCGACAUGGCCUCGCCCAUCUUGUCGAUCACCUCUGGACAGGAAGGGCAACGCAGUCGCACACCAAUCACCGGGCGAGAGGAUGAGGGAUGUCCCCUUUUCAGUCUGUCUGGGCUGACGAAGACGAUGAAUGUGCGCGGGAAGACUCUCAGGAACUGGGCGAGGGUGAGGCUGAAGGCGGUCCACACGCCCCUGCUCCUCACGCACUGGCGAUAGAGCGAGAGCAAGGCACGGACAGUGUGCGUUUGGGGAUAGGACCUGCAACGGCCACGAAAUGGCACGUAUCGUAUGUCAUCUGUUUGGCCUGUGUCUGUCUGUAUGCAUGCUCAUACCUGAGUAGGUGAACAAGGUCUCUCGCUUCCCCAUAGAAGAUCUCCCACAAUCCCCGCGAGAAGCGACACCUCACCACCGGCGGUACGCCAUCCGCAUCCCUCUCGGCCACCCCCUCACCACUGCUUACCAGCCGGCUCUCUCCAGGGAGGGCCUUAAAGCUGUACCCACGCAACGUCUUCGUCGUUUCCUUCUUCUCUCGAGGGGUGGCGGACGGUGGUCUGGAGGGGCGGCGAGAGGAAGGCGGCCGGCUGGCUGUGCCGGGGCGGCUCAUCCGUCUGUCGCGGAAGUACUUCUGCUGGUCUUCAAGUGGGGGAAGAGACAUGUCAGCUGCUGGUUGGCCCUUUUGGUCCUUCAGUGCAGCGGCGAGAGUGAGCACCGUCCGGCCUUCGUGGGUGGUGGUGGGCGGCCCCCUGUGUCUGCUCCUCUUCCCCUGCCUGUCCCGCGUGUGCACCUCCAGCUCGACCGUGUCCUGCAUGGUUGACCAAGAACAAAUGCAGCUGCAUUGCAUUCAAUUUGUUGUUGAUGACAUUGCAAGGCAAACAUACCUCAUCGACGACGGUGAAGCCCUUGAGAAGACUGUAGGUGCACCUCGGGUGGUCGUUGGCCGAGUAGAAAGUGGAGCGAUUGUACGCCGCUUCGCGGAGGGCCUUGGAAGAAUGAAGCGAAGGGGCUGACAGUGUCUUGGGCAAUGCCAUGAUGUGUGGAAUCGAAACGUUGCCGUACUGAGUGUUGACCCAUGCCCCCUGUGACAUAGGAGGGGGAGGGAGGGGAACAGGG